CCCUACGUGAGGCCUCGGCCCCGGGAAGCGCCGUUUGCGCUGCUCCGCGCCCAGGGGGAGGGCGGGCGCCGGGAGAGGCCCGGCCCGGCGGGAGUGAGCGCCGAGGCGGCAGCACAACACAGGCGCCAAAUUACGGGGUUUUAAUGCCUUGCCCCUUGCACGCGGCUACUGACCCACGUUCUUGAUAAUCUAAAAAACUGGAUUCUGCUCCUCAUUUUCCUCCCAUGAGGUUACCCUAAAGAACUCGAUGUCACUUGAGCAGGACAAUUAAACCUCUGAUGAAACAUUAGCCAGGCAAGAGAUAUAGGAUUACUUUCUGCAGAAACAACCAUCGCCGCACUACAGUGUAAUGAAGCUGUGACUUGCAACCAUUCCAAGAUGUUGCAGAAAAAUAAUUUUCUUUACUUGAUUUUUAACCAUACAGGUUAAUUUAUAGAGCUUCAAAAUACAAUGAGAUGUAUUUUGAAAAGCCUGCAAUUCGCUUGUGGGUUUCCAAGCAUGAGAAAAAAUGGGAGAUGUGCCUGAUUGCUGCAGAGGGGUCUUGGAGAUGAGUCCUUGAGACGACUAGGAUGCCUGGCUGCUUUAAAAAGACUUUAUUUGCCUUGGCUUCUCUAAUAAGCUUUGUGUCUUUUAUCUUGAUUGUUGUUGCAAUGGGGACACCAAAGUGGAUGACUGGUAAGACCCUUUGCAAAACAGGAGCUGAUUUGGUCAAUGCCACAGAUCCAGAGCUGGUCAAGUUCAUUGGAGAAAUUUACUACGGACUCUUUCAGGGUGGCAAAAUACGCCAGUGUGGGUUGGGUGGGCGGCGUUCCAAAUUCACAAUUUUCCCACACAUGGUGAAAAAGCUGAACACAGGCCUGCACGUGAUGAUUAUAAUGUUCCUCUGUGUGGCCAUUUUCUUUUCUCUGGUCAGUUUUGGAUUCUGCAUUCUUAACGCAAUAAAAGUUCCUUACCGGGCUAUUAAAGGUCCAGCAGGAGUAUGCCUUUGGAACUUCCUUGCAGGUGGAUUUACAGUCCUUGCAGUCACCAGCUUUUUGGCUGCUGUGAAACUUCAUCAGCUCACAGAAAGAAUUGCCAAUUUUCGGGAAAAUGUCUUUCAAUUUGUUAUCUUAGAAGAACGGUUUGAAGACUGUUUUUGGCUUUGUGUGGCAAGUGGCACAGCACAUGCAGUAAAUUUGCUGCUAACAGCCAUUAGUGGGAUUCACUUCCCUAAAAUUAAGACUAAAACAGAAGAAGCAAAUGUUACAGCAGAAGAUAUCAUGUACUAAGAAAUGUACACAGAACUGCUUUGGUGAAGUGAACUGUCACGAUAGAAACAGCUUCUUGGCUCUUCAGGUUUUGGUAUAAACAUGAGUAAAGAUAUCGGUCUAAAAUACCAGCAAUUAACAUGUGUGGGAAAGUGGGAAAAACAAAUGCUACAAAUAUCAUUAUACUCAAAACUGACCAAUAUCUGCAGUGAAUAUAUGCUAUUUGAAGUUUUUAGAAAAUUCACAUUAUGAGAUAUUAUAGAAAACUAAGGUGAAAUACAAUUUCAUCAAAAUCAAGUGUCUUCUUUGCUUAGAAAGAAAAUAUGUGUAUCACAAAUCUUUGAUACUAUAAGGUUAUUUCAAAACCAAAAGAAUGGACAUUUGCCAAUUACCUUCACAGAAUUCUCUGGAAAAUGUUGAGAGGGCCAUGUAAGAUAUGUCUGAUGAUGUCACACUGCAUUGAAAAAGAAAACUUAAUCAUCUGUGAGGCUAAAGUUAAGGGGAAGACCAGGCUUCCUGUGAAAUGUUUUUAAAACAGAAGUUACCAAACCCCACCAAGUAAAGAAGUGAGAAAAGUAGGUUAUGAAAUGCUAGUAGACUAUGACAUAAAGUAUUAGCUGCGAGAUGAAGGUUUCAUUGCAGCUUCUGGAAGUAAACAGAAGCCAAGUAAUAGUGCUUUUAGAUAACCUGGAAAUAAUAAUCUGACAGUUUGUCUUUACAACUCUGUCAAUUCUUAUGUCUAUCUGAAAUCAAGUAAAAGUGAUGUAUGAUGAAACAGUAUUAAAAUGAAUAAAAAUGGUUAAAUGUAUGGGAAAAUCACAUAAUUUUUAGGAAGUACCAUAAU